CGUGCAUAAGAUGCUUCAACCCAGAACCGUUCCGUCUACUUCGUCAUUGUCACUGACCAUCUCAAAAGAUUGCAUUCAGAAUGCAGUUCAAGUUCAUUUUUGCAAAUGUAAUUUUAUUUACAUCUUACGUAUUUGCUCGUGAAAAUACUCCUAAUAUAAUGGAUUUACUAACGUGGGACUUGGAAGACGGAAGCGAAGUGGAAAAAAGAGACGAAAGUUCGAGUAAUGUAACCGAAGUAAGGAGUUGCGUGUGUAAUGGAGGUCCAUCGUGCAUGUGUUGCGUGGAUUUCAACAUCACUUACUUUGAUUUCGGAGGACCCGGAUGCGUGUACAUGAAGUACAUAUCUCAGGAAAAGGGAAUGGCUGUUAACGUUUCGUAUGGGGAAAGCGUACUGCACAGUCAACUAGUAAAAGGGCCAAAUCCGGAACCGGCGUGUAUUUCAGUUUUAGUCGAUUUAAUAAAAGUAUGCGCCCGUUUUUCCAAUUUAAUUCCUGUUCAAGACGGUUUACAAGGGUGCUUGCAAUUGGAACCCACAUUACUGGGAGAUGUACAAACGAAGUUUAAGAUAGGGUGCUUUAUUAUUGGACCCGAUGGAAUGAAACAAGACCCUACUGUACAGUCGGAUAUAACUCCAUUUUUGUCUAAUCAAAAUUCCAAUAAGAAUGGAACAGGAACCGAUGCCGAAGAAAUUAAUGAAGAGGAACUAAUAUCCGUUGUAAAUGAGACGGCAGAGCAGGGUCUUGCUUUCUUUGGAAACUGGCUGGGGCUUUUUGGAGGUUCCGAUGUUAACGAAACGGAAUCCUCCAAUGAAACCAACUUGGAAAUUAGCACACUGAAGCCUGGUACAACAAUACGUUAACGAAUACUAGAUUAAUAAACAAUAACUAGUCUAAUUGGAAACUAUAAUUAUUUAAAUUAGUUUAGUUUAAUUUAUUUAAUUUUAAGUGAAAACGGUGCGUAAUUAGAGAUACUACCUACUGCA